AUGCGAGAGCUGCUAGAUGUGCGAAGAUGUGUGAUUGAUUGCAGGCUGUGUAGGCGGUGCUUGGAGCCCCGCAGCGUGGUCCUCUUUCUUUGUGCGGCGGUUGCAUGCCAGCUCUCGUUGUCCUUCGUAGGGCUGGCGCGAAGAGUAUCCGGCACCGUGGGCAGCGCAGGCAGCGUGUCGUUGAGGGCAACGAAGGAGACAGGAACUGGUGGAACGCCAGUAGUGGAUGAUUCCGAUUUUUCCAACGAUGAGUCAAAAGAGUCCAAGGAGGGCAAAAAGAAAGCAAACUUUGAUGACAUUCUCACAGAGGCUGACAAUUUUGCAACGUCCAUCGAAAGAAAAAGUAGAAGAUCUACAGCAGUGGCGCGGGUCUCCUUGGAAGAUGAACUCCGUGGUUUGUCUCUGGAGGAUGACACCGAUCUCGACAUGAUGAUGAUGAGCAGAGCCCGAGGUGGUAAAGCCAGAGAGACAUCGUUGACCUACCGAAUCAACAAGUGGUUCGAAGAGACCAAGGAGAUGGUUACGAACCCAACACGGAUUCAGGUGACCUAUGGCAUGAUCUUUUUCUCUUGCUUUUCCAGCUUGAUCAUCAUGGGUGUGAUUACCUUCGCACUCGGUGCUGUGCGAUUGCAGGGUGAUGGUGUAGAGACAGCAAUGCGGCAAAAGAUCAAGGAUGGAGAUGCUUUCAUGCAACGCUAUCAGCAGAUCAGAGAGAACAAACGAAGAUUUGCAGAAAUGGAUGACAUUCGAAAGUACACCAGUGACCUCUACACCCUCAAUCCUGACAGCAAAAUCAAUUACACCCCGAAGACGAUGGCGGAGAUUACUCCUGAGGAUGUGAUCGGCGAGUACUGA